UUCAUCCUCUUCCUUGCCCACAUUAUUCCCUCCUUCUCUAUUUUCUCUAUCUUCAUGGCUUCCAACAAAUCCUCCUUUCAUCCUGCUCUUGCUGUAUCAAACAUCAAGAAUCAUGUUUCCAUUAUUCUUGAAAUGGAAAAUGUUCAAUAUUCCACGUGGGCUGAACUCUUCAAGAUUCACGCACGAUCAACCAAGGUGCUUGAUCAUAUCCUUCCUCCGGCCAACAGCACGACGACGGCUCCUUCUACUGCCGAAGAGAAGGAGCUUUGGUCCACUUUGGACGCCACGGUUCUUUCGUGGAUUUAUGCUACCAUUUCUAGUGACUUACUGCACACCAUUAUCGAACCCGAUUCAACGGCUAUGGAAGCUUGGGAUAGAUUGCGUGAUAUAUUCCAGGAUAAUCAACAUUCUCGUGCUGUUGCCUUGGAGCAAGAAUUCUCUGCCACUUCUAUGGAGAAAUUCUCAAAUGUCUCCUCUUAUUGUCAACGUCUCAAAUCAAUAGCAGAUCAGCUGAAGAACGUUGGGGCUCCGGUGUCUGAAAGUCGUUUGGUAUUACAACUGGUUGGGGGUCUUGCCCCUCCGUACCGUGGUGUGGGAACGUUGAUCCGCCAAAGCAACCCUCUACCUCCUUUUUACAAGGCUCGGUCCAUGCUCACUCUUGAGGAGGCUGGUUUGGCAAAGGAAGCAGCCACUGAGUCUGCUAUGCUCACCACUUCGACUGAUGAUGGGUCCCCACACACUGCAAAAUCUGGACAGUCGAAGAACCACUAUGGUUCGCACCAUUCAGGCGGUGGACGGCGCAAUCAUGGGGGUGGUCGCAAGAAUAGAGGAGGAAGGUCCUCCACUGGCGGUAAAGGCGGUGGUCGGGGGCCGUUUUCCGGUGGCCAAGGACGCUUCAUUUCUCCGCAUUGGCAGCAGCAUGACCAAAGUGGCAACCGUCCUCCGCAAUGGCAGCAGCAACAACCUGUUCCAUGGGGCUGGUAUAAUCCUACCCGGCCUAUUCCUCCCUGUCCCUUUCCAACUCAAGGCUGGGCUCGCCCCAAUACUCCUCCACCUCGCCAAGUCGGUGUUCUUGGUCCAAGACCACCUCAACAGGCUUAUGUGCAUCCUGCCGCAUCCCCUGCACCUCUUGAGCAGUCUACUUUGUCUGUUCCCACCGAU